AAAGCUCACCCUGGGGUGCGGGAAGCGUCUCUGAGGUGCCGGAAGCGGCCUUGGGGUGCGGGUCACGCUAUGGAGCUCAGCGGCCUAGUGCAAGCGCUGAGGCAGGACGGGCCGCAGCCGCCCCCCGCUGUUCCCCCGGCCGAGCAGGUCCUGCUCCAGCUCGGGCAGCUCCUGUCCGGCGGUGCCCCCAAAGCCGGCGCGGUCCGAGACCUGCGUGCGCUUAUGGAGGCUGCCGACUGCCGGUGGCUCUUCGGGGACCUGCGCCCCGCCACGCUGGGUGAGUUGGUGCUGGCGUUGAGCCGGUACGGAGCGCCCCCGGAGCAGGAGCAAGAGGCUGCGGAUGUGCCCUGGAAGGACGGUGCGUGCGCGGCUGCAGCUGAGAGAGCAGCGGAUGUCGGGGCAGUGCUCCUGCACCUCCUGGUGAAGCUGGAAGCGGCCAAGGCGCAGGAAUCUCUGGGUGCCCCCGUGGUGGGCCCCAUCCUGCGCUGUGUGAUGGGGCCUGUCUACAUCUUCGCAGCAACGCAUAUCGUGGAGAGGCCCUGGACAAACGGGAGGUCUCGGUCGGUGGCACGGGAGCUGCUGGAGUCGCUGGUGCAGGCCGCAGGGUGUGGGUCUGUGGCUGAAUUCCUUCGGGGGAAGAGCGAAGAUGAGGAGGGAAGGUUUGCGGCGGUGAUGGGGCUCUUGAAACAGGAGUUAACCAAAGACACCUGGAAGCGGAACCCUGCCACGAAGCACGUGUUCUCCUGGACUCUGCCUCAUGUCACCCGGCCCUGGCUCAGCCAUUACCUGGAGCGGGUCCUCCCGCCAGCACUGCUCAUCUCAGACGACUACCGGGAGGACAACAAACUCCUGGGUGUGCGCUGCCUGCAUCACAUCGUUCUGAACGUGCCAGGUGCUGAUCUGUGCCAGUUCAACAGGGCUCAGGUUGUGUACCAUGCCCUUUACAACCACCUUUAUUCACGAGAGGCCACUCUCAUCCAGGCAGUGCUGCUGUGCCUGCUGGACUUGCUGCCAGUCCUGGAGAGAGCCCAGCGGCAGCAGAAGCAGGGCAGACCAACCGCUCACUGCGAUGAGGUGCUGCAGCUGGUUCUGACCCACAUGGAGGCAGAGCAUCGCCUUGCGCUGCGGCGGGUCUACGCCAGGGCCCUGCCUGCCUUUGUGCAGAGCCUUGGCAUCCAGACAGCACGGCACCUGAAGAGGCUGGAGCGAGUUAUCCUGGGGUAUCUGGAAGUCUCUGAUGGCCCUGAGGAAGAAGCCCGACUGGGAAUACUGGAGACACUGCAGUGCACCAUAGAGCACGCUUGGCCCAGAAUGCCAUGCAGACUCCCUGUGCUCCUGAAAGCCCUGCUGAAGAUGCUCUGGGAUGUGCACACUGACCAGGGUUCAACACCAGAGCCAGUAAAAGCUGCCUUGCUCCAAGGGGCCACUGAGUGCCUCAUCCUGCUGGAUCGCUCUUCUGAAGGGCAAGUGAAGGACCUGCUGGAAGGUGUGUACAGCAGCUGUGAGGAGAACCGCGUGCGGGAAUGCAUCAGAAAAGUGCGAGAGAACACGCGAGGCCAGCAGGCAGUCGGAGCUGCUGAUCCUUACCGUAUCCUGCUUCAGCCUUUCCAGUAAUUCCUUCUCAAUGGCAUUAUCCAGCUGAGCAGCAACCAGGGCUUUCUCCUAAUGGAGCAGAGAGGAGCUGUGUCAGUUGUCUGAUGUGUGGAACAAAAGCAACAGACACGAGAUGAUGAAAAAGUGGCUUUACCUCUCUUCUCUUCUCCCGCCUUUCAAUCUUCCUGCGUAGAGGAACAAGCUUCCUCCUACAAGGAACAUCAAGUGCUAGUUAGUGCAUCUGUCCACCUCUUUCGUAGCAGAUGAGUAAAUGGUCAUUAAGGCCAACAACCAGCAUUUACAUCAUUAGAAGUGUGGCUAGGUUAAGUGGACUUGGACUAUGCUGCAGUUAAAUCCACUUUAGCCAGGUUCCUGUAUGAGCAUGGCAAAGCCUCAGAAAAGCCAAGUGCAGUGGGGAGAGACAGAGACCCAGGGGACAGGCAGCAGCUCCACAAAUCACACCAUGAUCACUCUUAGUCCUGUCACUUACUGUCGCUUGAGUGUCAGCUUCCUGAUGCGGAUGAGGUACUGGGUGAUCUUAGUGAAGCGCUGCUUGCACUUGUGUCGGAUGAACCGCGGCCAGUAGAUGAGGUUCUCAUCGA